AUGCUGAAUAUCCUAUUGUUUGCCAUCUUGUUUGCAUUUGUUGGCACGCGAAAUGGCAGGGUACUGUUGAUGAAAACGUUGCGCGCACCGCUAUCAGAAACACCCUUCUCUGUCCGUCGUGUCUUGACUGUAAACUCUUAUUUGGCGCCACUGUUUUUCCGUCGAGCAAUGAUCUACGCCGCUACAUAUCCACUGACACAAGCAGAAAAGAGCUGGAUUCAUCACAUCUCAGAGGCUUCUUGGAACGGCGUCUGGAUAGCGCCCAAUUUGAAAGAUGUGAAGCAAGCCCAAGAAAUCGCACCAGAGCAAGAUCUCGUCAUUUUGUACAUUCAUGGCGGUGGAUUCACAGAAGGAUACUCUUACAUGUACAUGGACACAUUUCAGACCAUCAUCCGAAAGUUAAAAAACAAGCACAACAUGCGAGCAAGUAUACUAUCGUUGGAGUAUAACUUGAGUCCAGAACACACAUGGCCCACGGCAUCUACCGAGGCAUUGGAUUGCUAUCGGUAUUUGAUUCAUGAUCUAGGCAUCAGCCCUUCCAAGGUUAUCUUGGCAGGCGAUAGUGCGGGUGGCAACUUGGUAGCUACGACCUUAUUGCGAUUGAAGGAUAGGCAGGACGAUGAUUUGCCUCCACUACCGCUGCCUGCGGGAGCCGUGUUACUGUGUCCCUGGUUGGAUUUGACAGCUCAGGCAUUUCCUGCCAUGCAUGAUACAAUCACACCCAAAAUGCUCGACGCUUUUAAGGCGAGAUAUUUAACCAAUGCUAACCAGAUGCAAGAUCCACUUGUAUCACCUAUGUAUGGAGACUUUUCUAGAAUUCGCUGCCCAUUUUUUGUAGCUUACGGAAGCCAAGAGAUACUCAAGCCGAGCAUUGAAACAUUUAUCGCCAAUAUCAAGCGAGAUGGCUGUGAUGUAACUGUGUUGAGGGGCAAAGAGAACACAACACAUAAUUGGUUAAUUACUAGUCUAAUGGCUACGUCAAGAGCUGUUUACGAGAGAGAUUGUCAAGCCUAUAUUGACUGGAUGGCAACUACAAUACAGCAGUAG